UCAAUCAGUAUUUGUCAUCCGCAGGGACUGAUUGGCGCUUUGGUUCAUUAAAGAUCGAUACAUACUUAAAAUCACUCCCUCUAUCUCUCCUAGUUCAGGCUCAAAGCUAAUCCAGGCAGUGAGCUACUGCGUGCGAUUACGUUUUUUCUGGGUCUCCAGCAGUUUAAUUUUCCGGCGAGCCGGAUAAUGGCAUAUAUGUGCGCUGACAGUGGAAAUCUAAUGGCAAUAGCCCAACAAGUUAUCAAGCAAAAACAGCAGCAGGAGCAACAACAGCAGCAUCACAACCACCAGCAACAGCAACUAUUAGGCAUUAAUUCUUUACCUUUAAAUCCCUGGCCUCCUACAAUGUCUACUAAUCCCAAUCUCGGUUUUUCUGGGAUCUCUGGUGCCGCUUAUGCAGACCCCUUUCAGGUUCCUCCCGGCGGAGAUACCGGAGAACCCGGGUUUCAGUUCUCCCAGAUGGAUCACCACUCCACUGGAUUCAGGUUUUCGGAUUUCGGUGCUGGGGCUGCUGCUGAGUUCGACUCGGACGAGUGGAUGGAUAGUUUGAUGGGUGGUGGAGACUCAACGGAUAGUUCGAAUCUGCCUUCUGGUUGCGACGCGUGGCAAAAUAAUGCUGAUUUUGGUCUCUACGGUCCUGAUCCAUUCACCGCCUGCCCAACUCGUCUCAGCGGGGCUUGCUCUUCGCCCUCCGAUCUCAACAGAGUCAUCUUCUCGGAAACCCAGAAAAGCCCUAACCCACUUCAAGUCCCGGCCUGGGCUCCAUCUCCGCCACCUCCUCCUCCGCAAGCGGUUGUGAAAGACGCCAAGCCGGCCAAUCCUCCUCCACCAUCGACUCUCAAAAACGACGCAAUUGGUAUCUCUUCUAGUUCGCCAGAAAUCGAGUCAGCGCCGCCGCUCUUGAAAGCUCUGCUAGAGUGUGCUCGACUCGCCGAGUCAGAACCUGAGAAAGCAGUGAAAUCGCUGGUUAAGGUCAGGGAAUCGGUAUCUGAGCAAGGAGAUCCAACUGAGAGAGUAGCCUCUUACUUUGCCGAAGCUUUAUAUAGCAGAGUUUCUCUACAAGCAGAAAAGAGCUUAACCAUAUUCGAGACUACCUGCGAGGACUUCACUCUCUCUUACAAAGCGUUAAAUGAUGCGUGUCCUUAUUCGAAGUUUGCUCAUUUAACAGCGAACCAGGCAAUUAUCGAGGCCACCGAGAGAGCAAGCAAGAUUCACAUAGUCGAUUUCGGGAUCGUUCAAGGGGUUCAGUGGGCUGCUCUUUUACAAGCAUUGGCUACUCGCUCCGCCGGGAAACCUGCAAGAAUUCGUAUAUCGGGUAUACCAGCGCCAGUUUUGGGUAAAUCUCCGGCGGCUUCUCUGUUUGCCACUGGUAAUAGGCUUCGUGAUUUCGCAAAGCUUCUAGAUUUGAACUUCGAGUUCGAGCCGAUUCUGACUCCAAUUCAAGAGUUGAACGAAUCCAGUUUCCGGGUUGAUCCUGAUGAGGUUUUAGCAGUAAAUUUCAUGCUUCAGUUGUAUAAUUUACUGGCUGAGACUCCAGUUGCUGUAGAGACUGCUCUAAGGAUGGCCAAAUCGUUGAACCCGAGGAUUGUUACUUUAGGCGAGUAUGAAGCGAGUUUGAAUCAGGUUGGAUACGUGAACCGUUUCAAAAACGCUCUGGGAUACUACUCUGCUGUGUUUGAAUCUCUCGAGCCGAACUUGAGCAGGGACUCACCAGAGAGACUCCAAGUUGAGAAAUUGUUACUGGGUCGCAGAAUUGCUGGUGUUAUUGGGCCAGAGGAGGCGGAAACUAGAAGAGAACGUGUUGAGGAUAAAGAGCAGUGGAGGGUUUUGAUGGAAAGUUGUGGUUUUGAGUCAGUUGCUCUUAGCCAUUAUGCCAUGAGUCAGGCUAAGAUACUUUUGUGGAACUACAAUUACAGUUCUUUGUAUUCUCUGAUAGAAUCUCAACCUGGGUUUCUGUCUCUAGCCUGGAAAGAGGUGCCACUGCUCACUGUUUCUUCAUGGCGUUGAUGGAUGCAUGUUCCUUGGAUUGGUAUUAGUUCUCACCCAGUAUUUUUUCUCUGGUGUGGAACAAAUUAGUGUCCAUACGCCAUUAUUUGAAACCAGUCUUGGCCUAGUUAUAGUUUGUUAUUUUUAAUUGCAAUUAUUAUGCAUUUAGAAACCCUUUGCAGCUUUCUGGGACAAAUUAAUCACUUAGUUGUUAGUCUUUGAGUUUGGUCUUUAGAUAUAUGGUGUUAUUGCUUUUGUUGGGUUAUUGUUUUGAAACAAAUUGUAAAAACAGAAAAAGGGAAAUGAUGAAAUUCAAGGAGACGAGAAAUGUUUCUCUCCCUUCAAAUGUUUGUAACUCUGUACAUAAAAUUUUUAAUUUCUGAUAUGAGAUUUUAGUUUUCUUUGUUU